AAUUUCCAUCGUUGUGGAACAAGUAAUUAAGCGAACCUUAAUGCUUUCCACAUAAACCCUAACCCUAAUUGCUACAUCUCCAAAUAAUCAACUCGUAUUCAAAGCAACCGAAGAAUGGCGGAGCAUUUGGCGUCAAUUUUCGGUACAGAAAAGGACAGAGUGAAUUGUCCCUUCUACUUCAAGAUCGGAGCUUGUCGGCAUGGCGACAGAUGCUCGAGGCUUCACACCAAACCCAGCAUCAGCCCCACCCUAUUGCUUUCCAACAUGUACCAGCGUCCUGAUUCCAUCACUCCAGGUGUUGAUCCGCAGGGUCAACCCCUUGAUCCUCGCAAAAUCCAAGAUCACUUCGAGGAUUUCUAUGAAGAUUUGUUUGAAGAGCUGAGUAAGUAUGGGGAGAUUGAAAGCCUAAACAUAUGUGACAACUUGGCUGACCACAUGGUGGGGAAUGUGUAUGUCCAGUUUAGGGAAGAAGAGCAUGCUGCAAAUGCUCUUCAAAAUCUCACUGGGAGGUUUUAUGCAGGGCGUCCAAUCAUUGUGGACUUUUCUCCAGUGACAGAUUUUCGUGAAGCUACAUGUAGGCAGUAUGAAGAAAAUGUAUGCAAUCGUGGUGGUUAUUGCAACUUCAUGCAUUUAAAAAAGAUCAGUAGAGAGUUAAGGAGGCAAUUAUUUGGAAGAAGUCGAAGAAGAAGAAGCCGAAGCCGAAGCCGAAGCCACAGUCCCCAUCGCCACCGUGGCUACGACGAGCGCGGUGGCCGGAGUUCCGGAAGAAGGGCAGCCAGCGGUGAUUACACCGACUCCCGCCGCCGCCACCGCAGCCGGAGCCCCGGUCGACGCAGCAGCGGCCGGAGCAGAAGCCCUGGCGGCAAACGGAACCGUAGUCCGGUCAGGGAAGGCAGUGCGGAACGAAGGGCAAAGAUUGAACAAUGGAAUAGGGAAAGAGAACAAGCCAACUCCCGCCCUAAAACCACCACUGAUAAUAAUAGUAAUGAACAAAAUGGAGAUGAGUAUUAUGAUCCACGUCAGCAGCCACAUCAGCAAUAUGAUGACUAGAUUGGAGUACAGGGUACAGGUUCACCAGGACUCCUGAAACAUGUUGGUUGACUUUACUAAUCUUGGAAGGAACAAGUUGAAGAUGACGUGGCAUCCUAUUUUAUUAUUUCUUGCAGUAUUUGUGUUUUAGUUUCUUCAUCACAGAUGGUGUUUGAGGUUUGUAUCAAGUAUCAACAACUUUUUUCUGUGCGCUUUGGUUGUAUGGAAAGUUGAAGGAUUUAGCAUUCAUAUGAUUUGAUUUGACAUGGAGCAUCCAUUAUAAAUAUGAGUUUUUUCAAUA